CCUAAAUUCAAUGAAAGCGUUGUCUUCAUCGGCUAAACAGAAAUAUUUGGAUCGACUGAAAGUGCACUCAAAGGGAGAGAUCCAUGACUUCUGCGAUGCGCUCAUUGAAGCCAAAGAGGAGGCCAUCGCUGACGAGAAGGAGUCCGCCCUUCAUCUCAACGAUCAGAACCUAUCCCUCGUUAUUAUGGAUCUCUUCAUAGCGGGUUCCGACACAACGGCGUUAACGAUGCGAUGGAUUAUACUAUUGAUGGCAAACAAUAUGGAAAUGCAGUUAAGAAUGAGACACGAAAUCAAUGAUAUUAUCGGCGAUAGAGUGGCAGACAAUCACCACAAGAAUGACUGCCAUUAUGUCAACGCUUUUAUCGCUGAGACUCUCAGAUAUAAAGGGGUCGCGCCGUUAGGAAUUCCACACGUAGCCCUCUGUGACAUGCAAUUGGGUAGUAAAUACUUAAACGAUUCGUUCGUAAUUGGAAACCUAUUGGCCAUAUCUAAUGACCCCAACCUAUGGCCCAAACCGGAUGUCUUCUCCCCCAACAGGUUCUUAGAUAAGGACAACAAAUACAUGUCAGCCCUCCCGGGGUUCACACCCUUUGGAAUCGGACGG